AUGUCUGAGUUUCUGGACCUUGAGACCCAGGAUGGGAUAAGAAUGACAUGGAAUGUUAUACCAGGCACAAAGCAGGAUGCUACUAACUGUGUGGUUCCUGUUUCUGCCAUUUAUACUCCUCUAAAGCCAAAUCCUUCCAUUCCUGUUCUUCCUUAUGCCCCUCUCCGUUGUCGCAUGUGCCGUUCGAUUCUCAACCCUUUCUCAGUUGUUGAUUUUGUUGCAAAGAUUUGGGUCUGUCCGUUCUGCUUUCAGCGCAACCAUUUCCCACAACAUUACAACUCUAUUUCAGAAAACAACCUCCCUGCUGAGCUGUUUCCUCAAUAUACCACCGUUGAGUACAAAUCCACUUCUGAAACGGGUCCUGUGGCUCCUCCAGUCUUCCUCUUUGUUGUUGAUACAUGUAUGAUUGAGGAGGAGAUUGGCUAUUUGAAGUCUGCUUUAGCACAAGCAAUUGAACUAUUGCCAGAUCAAUCCCUUGUUGGAUUUAUUACCUUCGGGACAUAUGUUCAGGUAAUUGAAGAACUGCAAAAGGACCCUUGGCCUGUUCCAGCUGAUAAACGUCCAUCAAGGUGUACUGGAGUUGCAUUAAGUGUUGCUGCUAGUCUCUUGGGGGUUUGUGUUCCUGGAUCAGGUGCUAGAAUUAUGGCAUUUGUAGGUGGUCCAUCUACAGAGGGACCUGGUUCUAUCGUAUCCAAGUCCCUAUCAGAACCAAUUCGCUCGCACAAAGACCUCAAUAAAGGUUCAGCUCCACUUUAUAACAAAGCUGUUAAAUUCUACGAGGAUAUCUCUAAGCAGCUUGUGAAUCAAGGCCAUGUACUUGAUUUAUUUGCUUGUGCGCUUGACCAGGUUGGUGUUGCUGAGAUGAAGGUUGCUGUGGAGAGAACUGGUGGAAUAGUUGUGCUUGCAGAAAGUUUUGGUCAUUCUGUUUUUAAAGACUCACUUCGACGCUUCUUUCAGUCAAGUGACAAUGAUCUUGAUUUAUCAUUCAAUGGUAUCUUUGAGAUUAACUGCUCAAAGGAUGUCAAAAUCCAAGGAAUUAUUGGACCUUGUACUUCCCUGGAGAAGAAAAGUCCUCUAUCCUCAGAUACAGUUGUAGGUCAGGGAAACACUAACGCAUGGAAGAUGUGUGGUCUAGACAGGAAAACAUCACUCUGUUUAGUAUUUGAUAUUGCAAAGAAGGAUGGACCAGAUUCGGUUGGUGUUGGUCAAUCAGCAAGCAAUCAGUUCUACUUCCAAUUCUUAACCUAUUACCAGCAUCAUGAGGGGCAGAUGAGAUUACGAGCUACUACACUUUCUAGAAGAUGGGUUGCUGGUUCUGGUGGUGUGCAGGAACUAAUAGAUGGCUUUGAUCAAGAGGCAGCUGCUGCAGUCAUGGCACGCUUGGUCUCAUUUAAGAUGGAAGCUGAGGCUGAUUUUGACCCUAUAAGGUGGCUUGAUCGAGCAUUGAUUAGUUUAUGUUCGAAAUUUGGAGACUAUCACAAAGAAACACCCUCAUCCUUCAGUUUAUCCCCUCGUCUGUCCAUAUUUCCCCAGUUCAUGUUUAAUUUGAGACGAUCUCAGUUUGUUCAGGUUUCUAACAACAGUCCCGAUGAAACUGCAUAUUUCACAAUGAUGUUAAACACAGAGAAUGUAUCAAAUGCAGUUGUGAUGAUCCAACCAUCACUCAUAUCUUAUUCAUUCCAAUCGGGUCCAGAGCCAGUUCUGUUGGAUGUAACUGCAAUUGCAGCUGAUAGGAUCCUUUUGUUGGAUUCUUAUUUUACUGUUGUCAUAUUCCAUGGGAUAACAAUUGCACAGUGGCGAAAGGCUGGUUACCAAUAUCAAGAAGGCCAUGAGUCAUUUGCCCAGUUGUUGCAGGCUCCACAGGAGGAAGCUGAUGCAAUAAUCAAGGAACGCUUUCCUGUGCCGCGAUUGGUCGUGUGUGAUCAAUAUGGUUCUCAGGCUCGAUUUUUGCUGGCAAAGCUUAAUCCAUCGGUCUCGUAUGACAAUCCUCCAGCACCAGGAGGGGAUGUCAUAUUCACAGAUGAUGUGAGCUUCCAGGUCUUCAUGGAUCAUCUCCAGCGCUUGGCCGUUCAUUAG